CAAACAGUUGCUAAGUGAAAAAUACAACACUCAUUACUGCCAAUAAAUUUACUCGUGUCAGGUGUUCAUUUAUACUUAAAUUUUUUUAUAAUGGCAGAGAUUAGUUCAGCUCGGAAGCACAGUUUGAUAGAAAAAGUGAAAAAGGACGGUCAAGAGCGCAAAAGAAUUAUUCUUCAUCUAAUCCUGGGUUACCUUAAAGACAAUGGCUUUCAAAAAUCUGUGGAGAGUAUUAAACAAGAAGCAUGUAUUGGACAAAUGUACGAGGUUUGUGAGAACGUCGAUUUAGAUAUAAUAUUACAGGAAUAUCAAAGUUAUUAUUUCACCAAAUUCCAAAGAUCACCCAAAAUCAUUAAAAAACAAGAAACUGAAGAACACACCAGACCUGAGCGAAUGAAAAAGAGAAGUUCCUUGACUAUAAGCAGGAAAGAGUCUGUAAAGCAAAAUAAUCUUGGGAAUGGAGCUCCAGUUUUCCCCGUUGAAGUUCUACACCUGUCACCAGAUGAAAAGUCUUAUUCAGAAACGCCAAUUGUAGAACAAAUUCCACCGCAAUUUUCUUUAUCCGAAAUUUACUCAGGAGAAUGGAAGGAAUUCGCUGAAGCAAUCCAAAAAGAAAUCAUAACAGAAACAUCGUGUACAUUUGCGGAUUGUAUUGGUUUGGACAACGCAAUCGAAUGCGUCAAAGAAGCAACCGUUUAUCCAUUGCAAUAUCCAGAACUAUUUCAGAAUAUGCAAGAAUCGUGGAACGGGGUGCUGCUAUAUGGCCCGCCUGGAACGGGGAAAACGUUACUGGCCAAAGCAGUGGCUUCUGAAACCAACUGCACCUUUAUAAAUCUCACAAACAGCGCCUUCAUCAGCAAAUGGCGUGGAGAAUCCGAAAAAAUGCUAAAGGUUUUAUUCGAGAUGGCCAAAUAUUACGCUCCCACUGUGAUAUUCAUUGACGAAUUGGAUUCAGUUAUAGCAGAAGGCAGUCAUGAGGCUUCUAAACGGUUUAAAUGUGAAAUGUUGGUGCAAAUGGAUGGGAUUACAAAAACUACUCAUCCCAUAUUCGUCUUGGCAACAACAAAUCAUCCAUGGGCACUGGAAAAAGCCACAUUAAGAAGAUUUGAAAAGAAAAUUUUUAUCGAUUUGCCGAACGAGAGAAACAGAAAUAAGUUAUUCUCAUACUAUCUAAAAAAAUAUGGAGGAAAUCUCACUAAAGAGGAAAUAGAUGCAUUAAGUAAAAAGACCAUUCGUUUCACUGGACAUGACAUCAAGACUUUGUGCAAAGAAGCUAGAAUGAGCAUCAUUAGAGAACAAAUUAAAAAUAAAUCUUCUACGAAUCAGAUCAGUUUCGACGCGAUGAAAAAUUCACUGAUUAAAAUUAAGUGUGGAACUUCAGAAGAAGACAUAAAAAAAUACAGGGAUUGGAGUAAGGAAUUCGGAUCUACUUAAAUUGUUCAAUUCUAUAUUAUCUCAUAUACAAAUAAUUAGAUGCAAAAUACUCUGUGUUUACAAUAUUCUAUUUUUAUACAUUUAAUAUAUAUAUAUUAUUAAAUUAAA